AUGCCUUCUUUUCCUCCCCCUCCCUCCAACACCCUUGACUGGGCCAACAUUGGCUUCAGGAUGCGAGAAGUCAAUGGCCACAUCGAGUCCCACUACUCGCACAAGACGGGGCAAUGGACGCCUCUCCAAUUUGUGACCGAUCCCUAUAUCCGCAUGCACGGCAUGGCACCUGCGCUCAACUACGGUCAACAGGCCUACGAGGGUCUAAAGGCGUUCCGCACGCCUGGAGACAAGGCUAUUCAAAUUUUCCGGCCAGACCGCAAUGCAGUCCGCAUGCAACACAGUGCUGAAUUUGUCUCCAUGCCUCCCCUCCCUGUGGAGACCUUCAUCGAUGCCUGCCGCGCCGCUGUCGCCCUCAACGCCGAAUGGGUUCCUCCUCAUGAUACAGGCGCCGCCAUGUACGUCCGCCCGCAGAUGUACGGGUCGAGCGCACAGCUGGGCCUCACCCCGCCUGAGGAGUACACUUUCUGCGUUUAUGUGCUUCCCACGGGUGUGUACCAUGGCCUGCACCCUGUGCGGUGCUUGAUCCUCGAUGACUUCGAUCGCGCUGCGCCCAACGGAACAGGAAGUGCCAAGGUUGGUGGGAAUUAUGCACCCGUGUUGAGGUGGACAGACAAGGCUCGCUCCGAGGGCUAUGAUAUUACCUUGCAUCUGGACAGCGCCACGCAUACCGAGAUAGAUGAGUUCAGCACCAGCGGGUUCAUCGGUGCUCUGGUUGAUGGCGACAGCGUCACCAUUGUGGUACCUGACUCAAACAAUGUCAUCAACAGCGUCACGAGCGAGAGUGUCCAGGGCAUUGCAGAAAGCUUUGGGUGGAAGGUUGUGAAGCGUCCGAUCAAAUACGCAGAGCUUGCCGACUUCGCAGAGGUCAUGGCGGCUGGAACGGCCGCGUCUCUGGUCCCUAUCCGGUCCAUCACACGGCGCAUGACCGCGUCAGAUCCUAAAUCUCUGGCGGCUACCGUGCGUUCUCACCCCCGCCUAUCAAUUGAUACGGCCAAGGGUGAGGAGACCAUCACCUAUAUCCCAGACACGCAGGAGGACGCCGGUGCCCUGUGCGUGAAGCUGCUGUCUCAGCUCAAGGCGAUUCAGAUGGGCAAGGUUGAAGACAAGCUUGGCUGGUGCGUGACUAUCUCCGAUGAGGACCGGAGAAAGGCUGCAGGCCACGAAGUCGUCACAAACGGGGAGAAUACCGGCGAGGUGAGCAUUGGUCAGAUGGACUAAGAACGCGGUUCUCGCCAUUUGUCUUGACCGCUACCAUUCUUGGGUAUCAAAGACAGCAAAAGGAAAAAGAGUCACGGCCAUCAAUGGGGUUCGUAGAGCAGCCUGUCCACGCGGAAUUUUUUAAAAAGAAAUAGAACUUGACACGGGAUGUAUUAGCACCAUACACCUCCGAGGGGUCUGGCAUUUAAUCCAGGGACAGAAUUCGGAGGACACCAGAUAAAAAUUGAGGCAACACUGCGCAUCUUUGAUCGAGACCACAGCGGGUUAUCCAGGGGGACCAAGUGCAACUUUAUGACAACUAUACAAUCGACAAGGGCACAGUCGCUGUUCUCCAUAACAAGGCACAAAUCCGU